AUGGACUCGGUUUCGGCCACGCUAUCGACCGUCUCGACCAGCGCAGGGAUCGGCAACGGCGCGAGCGAUAUCCGCCGCCUCCGACGAUCUAUCGCGCCGUACCGAGCAGCAGGCGGCCAGCUUGGAGAAACGGCAGCGGCGAUGCAUGAGAUCACCGAAACGGUGAACGAGACCGCCAACAACGCCAAGCGUGCCAAUGAGGUCGUCACCACCACGCGCAGCGACGCCGAACAAUCCUCCGACGUGGUCCGUCGCGCGGUCGAGGCCAUGAACGGGAUCGAGCGGUCGUCGAGCGAAAUCAGCGAGAUCAUCGCGGUGAUCGACGGCAUCGCGUUCCAGACCAACCUUCUGGCGCUGAAUGCCGGGUCGAGGCGGCCCGCGCGGGCGAUGCGGGCAAAGGGCUUUGCCGUCGUCGCCUCCGAAGUGCGCGCCCGGCGCAGCGUCGGCCGAUGCCGCCAGGAUGUGAAGGCCAAGAUCAACGCCUCGACCGAGCAGGUCGAUGCCGGGAUGGAACUGGUGGCGCAGGCCGGCGCCGCGCUGACCCGCAUCACUGGCCGGAUCGGGGAGAUCAACAUGCUGGUCUCCGACAUCGCCCGGCCGCGGCGCGCAGCAGGCAACGGGUCUUCAGCAGGUCAACACCGCCGUGUCCGAAAUGGACGGCGUGACCCAGCAGAAUGCGGCCAUGGUCGAAGAAGCGACGGCGGCGGCGCGCAGCCUGUCGAGGAAACCGACAAUAUGACCCGCCGGUCGCUCGCUUCCGUCUGUCCGAUCGUCCGGCAUCGAGCCCGCGCGCGCGGCUCUCCGGUCCAUCAGUUGCAGGCCCGCGUGGCCCGCCGAGCCCGGGAUCGCGGCGGCGCCGCGUGUCGCGCCUCCAAUGUCGCCGUCGCGAUCGACAAUGGGGAUUGGUCAAGUUCUGACGUCCACUCUUGGGGGGCCGCUGAAAAGCGGCGGUGGAGGGUGUCACGGGUGGCGAGGGGCAAAGCCCUUGUCGAUCGGCGGCACCCUUCAUCGUCUUGGGCCGCCGCCGAGGUUUCGGGUUAA